AUGAUGGUUGAUGGGAUGUUGGAGGACCUGGCAUGGGAUGGUCGGAUUUACCUGCAAGGAAGACAAAUAGAAGGGGAGGCCUGCAGAGAGCCAUGCAGAGGAGCUUCAGGGAGAAGAUGCUCAGUUCUGAGGUCCAGCGCCAGCACUUCAGGCAGUUUGUCUUCCAGGAGGAGGCUUUGGGGCCCCGGGAGGUUUGCAGCCAGCUCCACAAUCUCUGCUGCCAGUGGCUGAAGCCAGAGAGACACACCAAGGCUGAGAUGAUGGACCUGGUGAUCCUGGAGCAGUUCCUGGCCGUCCUUCCCCCAGAGAUGGGGAGCUGGGUUCGAGAGUGUGGAGCGGAGACAACCUCCCAAGCAGUGGCCUUGGCAGAGGGCUUCCUCCUGAGCCAGGCAGAGGAGAAAAAGCCGAAAGAGGAGCAGGACUUGUUUGUGAAAGAGAUGGCUGAGAAGGAGAAGUGUCCUUUUGAAUCCAGUCAAAGGCAUCAGCCGGAGUGGAUCACACAGGUGACCUUUGAGGAGGUGGCUGUGGAUUUCACAGAGGAGGAAUGGGCCCUGCUGGAUCCAGGCCAAAGGGCCUUUCAUUGGGACGUGAUGGAGGAGGUUCUGAGGACCCUGUCCUCUCUGAACAGUGAUGGACAACUGAAAGAGUACAAUGGGAAAUCAUGCCAAACAUUGAUGCAGAGAGUCCAGUGCAAACAGGUAAAAGAGAAGGAAAGAAAAAGUGACAUCAAAAACAAGUGGAGGACCACACACUCUUCUCCAAAAGAUGAUGUUUCUGGAACCCCAAUCAAAGGAAAAAUACAGAAACAAAAGGAAAGAAAUAACUAUGUUCAUCUUGCACAUGACAGAAAUUUCAGCUCUAAAGCAAGUCUUACUCUUCACAGGAAAAUUCAGACAAAAGAGAAAUGGUUCAAAGGUGGUGAGUGUGAAAACAGCUCCAGUGUUCUUCCACUUACAAAUAUUUACAGAAGAAUGAGACCAUUCAAAUGCUUGGAGUGUGGAAAACAUUUCACUCAGAAGACAGCCCUCAACUAUCAUCAAGUAGCUCACAGAAGAGAGAAACCAUUUAAAUGCCUGAAGUGUGGAAAAGGUUUCAUUGCGAAAGGUGACCUCAUUCAUCAUCAAUCAAUUCAUACAGGGGAAAAAACCUUUACAUGCCUGGAGUGUGGGAAAGGUUUUGCUCGGAAGAUACACCUCUCUUGUCAUCAAGCAAUUCACACAGGAGUGAGGCCAUUUAAAUGCCUGGAGUGUGGAAAAAGUUAUAUUCAGAAGAUACAGCUCACUUAUCAUCAAAAAACCCACACAGGAGAGAAACCAUUUAAAUGCUUGGAGUGUGGGAAAUGUUUCAUUUUGAAAAGAGACUUCACACGUCACCAAACAACUCACACAGGAGAGAAACCAUUUAAAUGCCUGGAGUGUGGGAAAGACUUCACUCAGAAGACAGGCCUCACUCGUCACCAAGUAACUCACACAGGAGAGAAACCUUUUAAAUGCUUGGAGUGUGGAAAAAGUUUUGCUCGGAAGACAGACCUCACUCGUCACCAAAUAACUCACACAGGAGAGAAACCAUUUAAAUGCCUGGAGUGUGAAAAAAGUUAUACUAGGAAGACACAGCUCACCUAUCAUAAAAAAACUCACACGGAAGAAAAACCAUUUAAAUGCCUGGAGUGUGGAAAAUGUUUCACUCAGAAGAUAUACCUCUCUUGUCAUCAAGCAAAUCACACAGGAGAGAGGCCAUUUAAAUGCCUGGAGUGUGGAAAAAGUUAUAUUCAGAAGAUACAGCUCACCUAUCACCAAAAAACUCACACAGGAGAGAAACCCUUUAAAUGCCUGGAGUGUGGGAAACGUUUCAUUGUGAAAAGAGACUUCACUCGUCACCAAGCAAUUCACACAGGAGAGAAACCAUUUCAAUGCCUGGAGUGUGGGAAACGUUUCAUUGUGAAAAGAGACUUCACUCGUCACCAAGCAAUUCACACAGGAGAGAAACCAUUUCAAUGCCUGGAGUGUGGAAAAUGCUUCACUCAGAAGACAAUCCUCACUCAUCACCAAUUAACUCACAAAGGAGAGAAACCCUUUAAAUGCCUGGAGUGUGGAAAAGGUUAUAUUCAAAAGAUAAACCUCACUAAUCAUCAAAAAACUCACACAGGAGAGAAACCCUUUCAAUGCCUGGAGUGUGGAAAAGGUUAUAUUCAAAAGAUACACCUCACUAAUCAUCAAAAAACUCACACAGGAGAGAAACCAUUUAAAUGCCUGGAGUGUGGAAAAGGCUUCACUCAGAAGGCAACCCUCACUUGUCACCAAGUAAUUCACACAGGAGAGAAACCCUUUAAUUGCCUGGAAUGUGGAAACAGUUUUGCUCGAAAGACAGACCUCACUCGUCACCAAGCAACUCAUACAGGAGAGAAACCCUUUAAAUGCCUGGAAUGUGGAAAAAGUUUCACUCGGAAGACAAACCUCACUCGUCAUCAAGUAACUCACACAGGGGAGAAACUGUUUAAAUGCCUCGAGUGUGGGAAAAGUUUCACUUGGAAGACAAGCCUCACUCGUCAUCAAGCAAUUCACACUGGAGAGAAACCAUUUAAAUGCCUGGAGUGUGGAAAAGCUUUUAUUAGUAAAACUCAUCUCACUCAGCAUCAAGCAGUUCACACAGGGGAUAAACCAUUUAAAUGCAUGGAGUGUGGGAAAAGUUUCACUCAGAAGUUAAACCUCACUUAUCAUCAAGCAAUUCACACAGGAGAGAAAUCAUUUAAGUGCAUAGAGUGUGGGAAAAGUUUCACUCAGAAGAUAAGCCUCACCUAUCAUCAAGCAAUUCACACAGGAGAAAAACCAUUUAAAUGCCUGGAGUGUGGAAAAAGUUUCACUCAGAAGAUAAACCUCAACUAUCAUCGAGCAUUUCACACAGGAGAAAAACCAUUUAAAUGCCUGGAAUGUGGAAAAGCUUUUAUUAGGAAAACACAUCUCACUCAUCAUCAAGUAACGCACACAGGGGUGAAACCAUUUAAAUGCCCAGAAUGUGGAAAGGGUUUCACUAGGAAGACAUACCUCAUCUAUCAUCAAAUAAUGCACUCAGGGGAGAAGCCAUUUAAAUGCCUAGAAUGUGGAAAAGGUUUUAUUCGGAAAACACACCUCACACAUCAUCAAGCUAUUCACAUAGGAAUGAAACCAUUUAAAUGCCUAGAGUGUGGGAAAAGUUUCAUUCUGAAUAGAGACCUCACUCGUCAUCAAGCAACUCACACAGGGGAGAAGCCAUUUAAAUGCCUGGAAUGUGGAAAAGGUUUCAUUCUGAAUAGAGAUCUCAUUUGUCAUCAAGCAACUCACACAGGAGAGAAACCAUUUAAAUGCCUUGAGUGUGGGAAAAGUUUCACUCGGAAGACAAGCCUCACUUAUCAUCAAGCAAUUCACACAGGAGUGAAACCUUUUAAAUGCCUGGAGUGUGGGAAAAGUUUCACUCAGAAGACAAAACUCACUCGUCAUCAAGCAAUUCACUCAGGAGACAAACCAUUUAAAUGUAUGGAGUGUGGAAAAAGUUUCAUCCAGAAGACAAAACUCACUCGUCAUCAAGCAAUUCACACAGGAGUGAAACCGUUUAAAUGCCUGGAGUGUGGGAAAAGUUUUACUCUGAAGGCACACCUCACUCGUCAUCAAAAAACUCACAGGAGAGAAACUAUUUAAAUAUCUGGAAUGUGGAAGUGUUCCAUUGAGAAAAGAGACCUCACUCAGGAUCAAGCAACACACAGGAAAGAAACCAUUUAACUGCCUGAAGUGUGGAAAAUGUUUCAUCCAAAAGCACAUCUUGGUUAUCAUCAAGCAACACACAGGGCAGAAGCAAUUUAAAUUAUUUGAAUGCUGAAAAUGUUCAUUCAGUAAUAAAUCUUGUUAAAUACCUUC